UGCUGUUCCCGCCCCCAACCAGUCGCCAUUUUAUUGAGGCGAGCGGAAUUCUUCUAGGCGGCCGGGCCGAGUAGCGGUUUCGGGACUGGCUUUGUGGAGGCGAUCACUGCAGAGACAGGUUACAGAAUUCAUCUACAAUGGGGAAUGUUUUUGAAAAACUGUUUAAAAGCCUAUUUGGAAAAAAGGAAAUGCGUAUUCUUAUGGUGGGCUUGGAUGCAGCUGGCAAAACCACCAUUUUGUACAAAUUGAAGCUGGGAGAGAUUGUGACAACCAUCCCUACCAUAGGUUUCAAUGUGGAGACUGUGGAAUAUAAAAAUAUCAGCUUCACGGUCUGGGAUGUUGGUGGCCAGGACAAAAUCAGACCUUUGUGGCGACAUUACUUCCAGAACACUCAAGGUCUGAUUUUCGUGGUUGACAGUAAUGACAGAGAGCGGGUCAAUGAGGCCCGAGAAGAACUAACCAGAAUGUUAGCAGAAGAUGAGCUCAGAGAUGCAGUUUUAUUGGUGUUUGUAAACAAACAGGAUCUUCCCAAUGCGAUGAAUGCAGCAGAGAUCACAGACAAGCUCGGCCUCCACUCCCUUCGCCAGAGAAACUGGUACAUCCAGGCUACCUGUGCCACCAGUGGCGAUGGCCUUUACGAGGGCCUGGACUGGCUGUCCAACCAGCUCAAAAACCAGAAGUGAUCAGAAGCACCCAUUCCCCGUGCACUGUGGCGAAGCCAGCUGGCCUUUCCUGUGUGCAUGUGAGCGUGUGAGGAGCCCAUGGGCCUGGGCAGCUGCCAGUGGGGGCAGCUUUCUCACACCGUGCCUUAUACACGCUAUUCGAAAACCAGUAUUCCAUUUUAAGAGAAGCAGUGUUACAUUUUGAAUGCUACGUUCCAUUUCACUAGCUUUGAUGGUCAUUUCUGCUGAGGCCCCCUGGGUGUGAGUGCUAGAGUGUCUCCAGGCUGGAAAAGAAGAGAGCUGGAGCCAGACAGGUCCCAUUGUGCAGUCCUGGGUCUGGCAUCUCCACACACCCGGGAUCCUGUUGGAUUUCAGUGUCCUUUUGUAAGAAGAAAGGAAGGAACUGUCAUUCUUUCCCAUCGUGCCAAAGCGAGCAGCUCACUUGUCGUGCUUUAACGGUCCUCAAGAAGAGAAGCUAGGUGAUGACCACAGGUUGAAGAGCCUCAGGGGGCAAUGCCUCCCCUGGGCUCUGUUAGUUCAUACCGACUUGUUUAGCUUGCUUAGUCAAAGGAAUCAGUGACCUUUUUCAUUAGAGUAUCAAGACUGUAACACUAGAGAAGUUUCCAGCCUGUCCUUCACUUGCCAAAUGGAGACCCUGUGGGCUGGUGGCCCAGCAGGAGGCCAGGACUCUUACCCCAAGCCACAUGGUCCACAGUGGAGUGCAGGUUGGCUGGAGGGAGUGAAGUGAGGUGGCUCUUGUGUUCUGGCAUCACCGUCUCAGGCCCUCGAGGCUGCUGCUCCCACUUCCCUGCUCUGUGCUGAGUGUUCCUCACAGGAAGCAGACAGAUGCCCCUGGUGGAGUCGUCACUGUGUCUGGUUGUCCUAGUCUGCUGUAGGCUUUUGGUUAGUAUCUGUUUGCAGAACCGUACACCUAGGAGUUCUGAGAGUUUGUGAGAAAGUCGUGAGGUUCAUGUAGGGAUGGAGUUCCCAGUGACCCCUGGUCCUCCCUGGGUUGGUGCUAAACUUUGCUCUGAGAAGCAUUUUUACCUAGACUACUCUGGCGCACGGGCUCCCUCCUCAACGGCAGUAUUGUCUAGAGAGCUGUUGGAAGUGUGUGCUGUGCUGCCCUGCAGAUAGCGGUAGACAGGAAGGUCUGGAGAGGAGCUGGGCUUAGCCCCAAGCCCUCUGUCCACACAACUCCUGGCCACAUUUGUACCGAAGCCCUUCUGCUUAACCUUUUAAAACCCCUUUCAAAAAAUCUUGAUUCCUACUUUAGGAAGGGGAAUGCAAGCUGAAUUUUAAG